UCUAGUCAGUGAACAACGCUGUCAGUCGCGGGAUUCGCUCGACGAGUUUACGGCGCUUUAAUCGGUGUCUGCUGUGGGAUUUGUGUCAGAUCUCAGUGCAGCAACUAAACAAGAGAUCAGAUCACCGAGCGAUUUCUUAUUUGUUCUGGAAAAGAGCUCGCGCACAACAGACGAGAAAGCGGCAGCGCGUGAGAAAAUGAUUCCGAACAAGUUUAGGCGUUUAAGGCCCAUCAUCAACACCACAGAACAACAAACUUGUUCAGGUGUUGAUGCUUUACGGCCACACCCACCUGCUGGGAAAAGACCUGUCCCACCACCCGUCCUCCCAAAAAGUAGAGCUCGGUGUAGCGUCUGUGGCAAAAUUCCAUCUUUCGACAAUCCAGCCCCCAAAAGAAUCCCGUUCCUCAACAUCCCAGACGACAAACCGAAAAGUGUGUGGACGCUAACUGAGGAGAGCUGUUUCACACACCAUAUCAUAAGAAGAAGAGACGGUUGCAGCGUCUGCGGAUCCAUUCCAAAUAUUGUCACCCCGCCGCCAAAGAAAAUCCCGUUCCUAAAGGUCACGGAUAACAGAUGGAACCGUGCGUGGAAUCAGUCCGUCGCACGGCACAUGGGUGGCGUGCUGCCUCCGCUGAACCCACAGGAAAAGCCCCCAACAUAUCAUUGUCCUCAUGUCCGUCGGCGCGUCCUGGAGGAGGAAAGACAUGAAAACGAAGAUGAUGUGAGGACUUCUAUUCGGAAAGCUGAAGCGGAGGCUCGGAGUGUCAAGAUCGCCCUUGGAGAUAAUUUCAUAGUCCUCAGUGGAUGGAAUGAGAGGAUAAAUAAACAAGAAAUUGAACUCCAGAGUCUCGAGAAAGAAUCCGAGACAUUCGACGAGUUGCAAUGUCAAGUUUUUCAAAGCCUCCCACCUGAGCUGCGGGAAAGUUUCGUCUGGGACCCAGACGAAACCAACCCAGAGGACGAGCAGACUGGACACCCGGAGCACAUGAUGCUGCUGAAAACGAUAAAAGAAGAGUUGGACGCAAUAGCUGUGCACCAGAAGGCCAUCGCUGGUGAGAUGAUGAGCAAGAAAGAGAAACUGGAAAGACUGAGGAUGGAAUGGAAGAUAACCUACCGGAAGAGGGACGAGAACUUCAAAUUGCUGUAGAACAUCAAUUUUAAAAUAAGGAAGCUAAGAGAUUCUCUCGAGGCCCUCAGAAUGAGUCGCAUGGAGCUCAUGAGAACCGUCAGAAAGUCAGUGAAGUGAACAGACACGCAAGAACUGCAAACCUGGACACAGCAGAAAACUUCUUGAGAUCAGGGAAGUAACAAGACCAAUACCCUACUAAAAUGCUAGCAUACUGUGUUGCUAAGGUAUGCUAGCUUGUUACUAGGGUAUUGCAGCUGGUAAGUAUGUGUUACUAGGGUGUUGUAGCUGGUAAAUAUAGCGUUUCAUCUGGUUGCUGUGUGAUAAGGUUUUUAAGUUGUUAACCAUGUCGCUAAGGUAUGCGUUGCUAGCUGGUAUUUAGGUAGGUGUUACUAGAGUUUUGUAGUUACAUUUACAUUUAGUCAUUUAGCAGAUGCUUUUAUCCAAAGAGACUUACAGAGAGUUCAGGUAGCAAUAAUCAAUAUGUCAUAAAGGAGCAAUAGUACAAUAGGUGCUAAUACAAAGUUGCUAGUUUCAACAAAAGCUAGAACAAUACCUGUUGAGGGAAAGAGAGAGGGUUAGUGUUUUUCUCUAGUUGGUUACUAGAGUGUUUAAUCUGGUUGCAAUGUGUUGUUAAUUUUCUUUAGCUGUUAACUGUGUGUGGCUACAGUAUGCUAGCUUGUAACUAGGGUUUUUUGUCUUGUAAUUAGGUGUUGCUAGGGUGUUUAAUCUGGUUGCUGUAUGUUAGGUUUUUCAGUUGUUUACUGUGUGUUGCUAAGGUAUGCAUCUGGUUGCUAGGGCAUUUAUUCUGGUUGCCAUAUGUUGUCAGGUUUUUAAGUUGUUAACUGUGUGUUGCUAAGGUAUGCUAUAGUUUGUUACUGGGGUGUUUUGUCUGGCAAAUAGUAGGGCUGUGCAGAAAUAUAGGUGCAUGUAACUAUAGCAAUACUUUUUUUCAGGAUAGUCUAUCAAUGGUGUGAUACCGCUACUUGUCAGUGAGUAAUGAAUUAAGGGGUAUUAUCGUUUGUUUUAGAUGUAAUGCAAUGUGUAUACUAGGGCUGGGCGAUGUGCUUAAUUUUUUUUAUCGAUAAUCGACUUUAAAAUCAUCGCGAUAUCCGAUAAUAUCGGGUGUGUUUGACUUCAUGCAACAUUGCGCAGAUGUUCAAUCUGCGGAUACGGACCAGGAGGGAAUUCGUUCCGGACCCGCCAAGUACCAAACAAACAUGCACGCGUACACACACACACACACACACAAGCGCGCCAUGUGCACAAACCAGUGUUGCAGACUUCUUUCAUCAGGUAAAGCGCGUAGAUAAACCGUAAAGCGCGUGGAUAAACCAUAAAGCUUUUAUGCAGUAGAAAAAUGUUGCAGGUUUCCUGAAAUUUCAUCCUACCCAUCAGAUUAUCCUACCAGGCACGCGAACAUCAAUGUUACGUCAUUUUUUUGCGCUAUAAAAUCAUCCUACCUGUUUAUUUUAUACUACUACGGGAAUACAGUAUGAUGGUGUAUUUUCUUUGUUAAACCAUUCUACAUAUUAUUUAAUACCUUUAGUACAAUUUGAUGGGGUGUUGCGCUGUAAAUUAAUCCUACAUGUUUCAUUUAUGCUUGUAGGAUAAUCUGACAGGGUAUUUACACUGUAAAUUUAUUUUAUGUGUUUAUUUUAAGAUGGUAGGUCUAUCUGACAGGGUAUUUUGCAUUGUUAAAUCAUCCUACCUGUUUAUUUUGUUGAUGUGGUUUAGAUUAUAUUAAGUUUUGCCCUGCGGUAGGAAUAUCUGACAGGGUAGGACAAUGCGAACACCGGUACAGGCCCGCGAGCCUGAGGUUUUGCUUUGCCGACGCAGCUCGUCUUUCUCUUGGUCCGUCUGUGCAGCGACUGGCAGAAAACAGCAGACUGACUGAACAAAAUAGCGUUUCCAAAAUUCUGUCACUGUUACUGACUGCCUGGGCACAUGAACAUUAACGUUCAUGCUAAAGCCUACAUCGCAUGAUAAUGUUAUAACACGUAUUUUCCAUUAUUAUCAAUUAUCGUCUGGUAUUUGCAAGACAUCGUCGAUAUACGAUAACAUCGUCACAUCGCAUAGCCCUAGUGUAUACACGAUUUAAAGGCGGGGUGUCCGCUUUUCUAUUAGCCGUUGUUGAUGUUCAAAACACCAAAACAAACACACCCCUAGCCCCAUCUUUCGCUUUCGUCAGCGCUCGGCUAAUGUCCGUCCUGUUCACUGUGCACCUUACUGCUGAUUGGCUACAAGGUUGUUUUGGUACUCGGCCCGACUCAGUUGUCUAAAGCGUAAUUCGGAAAUCGGUUACCCCGCCUUUAAGGUUAAAAAACGCUGUAUUUUCCACAUACCGUGCAUGUUUGUAUCUCCUCUUUGCUCCGCCUCUCUGAAACGCGCAGAUUUUUAACAAAGCUCAUGGCUCUGAAAAGCGAGGUGUGCUAUGAUUGGCCAGUUCACCAGUGUGUAGUGAUUGGUGGAAUACUGCAAGCGUGUGAGGGAAAUGUAACGCC